AUGCCAUCCGACUACUCCAUCCAGACCAUCCAGACCAAGCCUUACCAGGACCAAAAGUAAGUCCAAGACCAACUGCCGCCGUAGGGACCAGAACGGAAACAGGCAGCAGCUGCUCCGCCCGCCGCCGCCACAAGUCGAAUCCCGCGUGUGAUCGGCUAUGAUCUCGUGCAGUGCAAUUCCAUUCUCAUUUCUGACGCAUGGCUUCUCCCCUUGUACCCUUCUUCUAGGCCCGGAACGUCGGGUUUGCGCAAAAAGUAGGUUGCAACUCACUCCCGGACGCUCAACUCUCUGCCUCCGCCACAGACCACCUCUCUGACGUGGGGGCGGAAAUGAGGCCGGAAUGACGAGCGGCACCCCGGACACGACCAUGUCAUCCCGAUUCCGCGGCUUGGAAUCGGUGCUGACCACCUCUUCACUUCCAAAACAGGGUCACCGUUUUCCAGCAGCAGAAUUACACCGAAAACUUCAUCCAGGCCAUCCUCGACGGUAUCCCGUCCCCGGGCGCAGAAGGAGCGACACUCGUCGUCGGCGGGGAUGGUCGCUACUACUCGCCCGAGUGCGUCCAAAAGAUCCUCAAGAUCGCGGCCGGCAACAAGGUCAAACACCUCAUCAUCGGCCAGCACGCCAUCUUCUCCACCCCCGCUGUAUCGCACAUCAUCCGAGCGAGGAAGGCCACGGGAGGCAUCCUCCUCACCGCCAGUCACAACCCCGGUGGACCCAACGCCGAUUUCGGUAUCAAGUACAACAUGGAGAACGGUGGGCCUGCACCCGAGAGCGUGACCAACAAGGUCUACGAUAUCUCCAAGCAGCUCGAGAGUUACAAGCUCGUCGACUUGCCCGAGGUGGGUCAAAAUAAUUCAGGGCUGCCUGCACAUGUCCGUUGCAACAUAAUGAACUCGUUCUCUAGCACUCGUAGGUCGAUCUCUCCAAACUCGGAACGACCGAGUUGGGUCCCAUCACCGUCGAGGUCAUCGACUCGGUCAAGCCUUACGUCGCUUUACUCAAGUCCAUCUUCGACUUUGCCCUCAUCAAGGAAUACGUUCAGUCCCCAUCGGCCUCGGUCCUCUUCGACGGUCUGUCCGGUGUCACCGGUCCUUACGCCCGCGAGAUCUUUGUCAACGAGCUCGGUCUGGGCGAGUCUUCGAUCCAAGGCUGCGAGCCUUCGCCCGAUUUUGCCGGCGGUCACCCCGACCCCAACUUGACCUACGCGCAUUCACUCGUCGAGCGAGUCGAGAAGAACAACAUCGCCUUUGGUGCCGCUUCCGAUGGUGAUGGUGACCGCAACAUGAUCUACGGCAAGGGUGCUUUCGUCACGCCGAGUGAUUCGGUCGCGAUCAUCGCCGAUUGGGCCGAGUCGAUCCCUUACUUCCAAAAGGGUGGUGUCAAGGGCUUGGCGAGGAGUAUGCCCACCAGUGGUGCGAUCGACCUCGUGGCCAAGGCCAAGAAGUUCGAGGUCUUUGAAGUCCCCACCGGUGCGUACAGAGAUUCUCCUUUCGAGAAAGACGAUCAAGUUCGGUCAAGCUGACGAUCACCUCGUCUCUCGGCUUCUUAGGAUGGAAGUUCUUUGGUAACCUCAUGGACACGGGGCGUCUUUCGAUCUGCGGUGAAGAGUCGUUCGGUACAGGCUCGGACCACAUUCGCGAAAAGGAUGGUCUCUGGGCCGUCAUCGCGUGGCUCAACAUCCUCGCCUCGGCGCAAAAGCAAGGCAUCGAGGGGAUCUCGGGCGUGUUGCAAGACCACUACACCAAGUACGGUCGCACCUUCUUCUCGCGCUACGACUACGAGGAGGUCGAUUCGGACAAGGCCAACGAGGUGAUGAAGCAACUCGAACAGUCGUUCGCGUCGUCCGGGUUCGUCGGCAAGGCCUUGAAGGCGACUUCGUCCGAGACGUCCUUCAACGUCGCCGAGGCCGACAACUUUGCCUACACCGACCCCAUCGACGGUUCGGUCUCCAAGAACCAAGGUCUUUACGUUCGCUUCGAGGAUGGCUCGAGGAUUGUCUUUAGGUUGGCCGGUACCGGCUCGAGUGGUGCGACGAUCCGUCUCUAUGUCGAGAAGUACUCCAAGGACGAUAGGGAAUACGCUAGGGAUACGCAAGAAGGUCUCAAGCCUUUGAUCGAGGUCGCGUUGAGCUUGAGUAGGUUGGUCGAGAUCACGGGCAGAAAGGAACCGACUGUCAUUACGGUGAGUGGACGGCUGGGCUGCGGACGUGUCCUCCGCUUUGGAGGGGCCAGAAGCUGA